CUCACUUCUUCGGAUGCAAGUACCAUUAAUGUCUAAGUUACAGAGAUUCUGUGGGCAUCUGUCUAGUGUUGUCAGUCUGGCACUUCUUGCAAUCAUAAAAUUCAUUUCAGAAAAGCUUUUUUAAGCGUAAAACACUGUAAAGUUAACAGCCUCUUUAUUUUCAAAUGAUCAAAUAAAUGCUGCCUUACUUGGCAUAGCUGUAGUUAAAAUCCCUCACAUUUCCUAAGAAUUGAGAUUUUUCAGUGCAUUGAACAAUUAGGGUAAAUGCCAACUUAUUUUGCAUUAGUGCAAAGUGUUGAAAGUCCAGACUAUCUCAUGCACAAACCUUAAUUCCUUUCAGCCCCUUAUAGAAAGGUUUACAUUAAUUCUGCUGUUUGUUUACAUUUCAUGUUCAGGAAACUCUGAUGUUGUGGCCCCACUGGUUGGUAUCCUUAUGAAAUUGUUUAGAAAGAUGAUAAAAGUGGAGAUGCCAUUUCAUCUUACCCUUCUGAGUGUCUGCUUCUCAAAUCUUAAAGCUCUGCCUAGCCUCACCAAAGGAUCCAUAGGAUUUUAUUUAAUGCGGUCGUCACCCCCUUCAAGUUCUGGCAAAGUAAAAAAUGGAUGAUGUUCCACAAGUCCAGGUGAACUCCUGCAGUUUUAUACCAGAUGGAAGAAUUAGAAAUACAAGAACUAGAGAAUCUUCACUAGAAACCAAAAGCUGCGCAGAAGAACCUGGAAUUUCUGUUUGUCCAAUUCAUUUGCUUCCUGCUGGCAUUGACCAGGAGGUCUUCAGUCAGCUUCCAGAAGACAUUAAAGAGGAAAUUAUUUCUGACAAAUCUGGGCAAAGGAUCCAUACAAAGAAUAUUUUGAGUCAGCCAUUACCUUUUUCUAAAGGAGCACUACCAUUUUUUGCACAAGAAGAAAUGCACACUACUCCAGAUUCCAGAAGAGCAGAUCAUUGUAUCAGCAGUCUGGUAUGCAGUGAACAUUUUCAAUCUACCAGUGAGCUGGAGACAGCCAUGGUACACAGGCCUAAUCCUAAUUGUAGUCUCAGUCUACAGGAUCCUCCUGAGUACCCUGAAAGUGCACUAAUAGAUAACUGUAUGGAACAAGUACCUAAGGAAUCACUGAAUUUCAAUAGCACUGAUUCAAUUGUAUUGAACCUGCAAAGUCAACAUUUUCUUCAGCCUCACAGUUCAGACAGACAAGAGGAGCCCAUUGGAGCAGCCUCUCAGGAUAAAGGUCUGAGAGACCAAGCGUCAGGAGAAGGAAGAAUUGUAUUUCCUCCUAAUGUUGACCCAAAUAUUUUUUCUGAACUACCUGCUGAAAUGCAAAAGGAACUACUGGCUGAAUGGAAGAAUCUAAAACCUGUUUCCAAAAUGCAUCAGAAUAAACCUUCUGAAAAGCUAAAAACAAACAAAGGAAAAAAGAAUGUGGUGUUGUGUUCAUCACAGUCUAACAGUUUAUUAAGAUAUUUUAAACCAAAAUGAUUAUAUACAUAAUACAGAGAUGGCUGGUAUAAAACAUUUGUGAUGAUAAAAUAAGGAGGUAAUACAAUCAUAUUCAUGCAUUAAAGAAAUGCACUAUUUUAAAGUGUAAUGCGACAAAAUAGCAUACAAAAACGGACCAUCUUAACAAUAGUGUAAAACUAUUGAUAAUUCCUUUUAAAAGUGAUUAAUACUAUGUAUUCUUGUGUUAAACUAGCAGAUUAAUGUUUUAUUUAGUCCAAAGAGAGCAGCAAGAGAGACUUACUUCCCCUUAAAUGCACAUUAGAUGUGAUGAAUCCUCCAGUUGUUACUACCCAAACUAAAACAUUGCAAUCCAGUUUGAAACACUUAUACUUGUUCUUGUAUCAACCAAAAUGGCAUCCAUUAGGGCAUGGGUGUUCUUGCUGUUAAAACAUUUUUUUAAAAAUGGAAAUACAGAAAAUACUGAUUUGAAUGGUGGGGCUUGUGAAACUAAUGGAAUAUUGCUUUCUUAGUAGUUACAGUCCCUAACUGCUAGAG